AUGUUGGAGAGCGAGCUUAAGGCCAAGAGUGAUCACAUAAGAACCAUCAUCAAAGCUAGAGGUAUCAGUUAUCCAAACAUCACCGGGAAAACUUUCGCUGUAUUUCGCGUGGACAACAAGCACCACCUUAUGUCCAUGGUGUCUAUGAUUGACCCUUCGCCGGAUUGGAUAGUUGGCGUUUCCAGUUUGGAGUUGUGCCUGAGAAAUUGCUCCUGGGUGGAGUCAAAAGUUCUGAACCUGUAUCCAUGGGAUGUUGGUACUGAUGAUGGGAUUACUUAUCUAUCCCCAGACCAACCAUCAGUACCAAUGCAAGCCAUACGUCGCCUGAAAACCUCCAACAAUGUGGACGACAGGUCUCCUUUUUACGACUCCAAGAGAGCGGAAAUGAAACCGUUCGCCAGAUUAACUUUGUCUAGGCAAAGGCUGUACGAGAAAACUUGCGAACACAUGGAUUUUGAGGAGUUUGAAGAAACCGGCGAUAAAUGUGAAACGGAAGAAUGGUCAGAAUGGUCGCCAUGCUCUGCCACAUGUGGAAGAGGUGUAAAAUACAAGCAAAGAAAGUACAAGCGCGAAGAAUCGAAAUUCGUGUGUCACAAAAAGUUGACGGUGCGUUCGCCGUGCGAGGCAGUUCAACAAUAUUGCCCGAGAAAACCUUCGAAGGAACUUCCAGACCCGUUGUGUGAGCCUGGGCCGUGGUCCGAGUGGUCUAGUUGCAGCGCAUCGUGUGGCAAAGGCACCAAAACCAGGGAUAGAAGGUAUAAAAAUAGGUUGGCGGCCAAGACUUGCUCCGCUGGUAAGGCUAGAAGAGCUGUAAUGCAGCAGAAUUUGGAGUGUAUUGGGGAAUCCAAAUGUGAUGAUUAUGAAGAAGAUGAGUUUCAGUCGUCUGAAAACUGCGCUGAAAAGCCUUGGAGUGACUGGUCUCCGUGUUCGACAACUUGCGGGAAGGGCAUUAAGGAAAGAUACAGACUCUCCUUGGAGUAUACCAAAACAGACCGUUUUUACUGGCCUUUCUAUAAAAAAUUCGGGUACUCCAACGACCGAGGUAACGAGGAAUUCGACAUUGAAGAUCCUUGUAGCACCCAAAAAUUGAAAGAAACAGUCGAGUGCAACAACAGCCCGUGUGCCAAACUGGAGAUCCCUCUUACAGGUAUUGUUUGUAAGCUGCCUAUGGAUGUUGGUCCAUGUAAAAGUACUAUGGAUAGGUGGUAUUACAAUAAUAUUAAAGGAGAGUGUGAGAUUUUUAAUUAUAGUGGUUGUGAAGGAAAUUUGAAUAAUUUUAAUACCUUGGAACAAUGUCAAAAGUUGUGUUAUAAAAACCAAGAAGAAUUGUUAGCAAAUUACUCCUCAAAGAAAAAAGACGUGAAUGUCAGCCUUUCAGGAAUAGUUUCAUACAACGUUCAAAACGAACAACCAUAUGCCGUUAUUUUUAUUAGAAACUCAACUAUAGAACAUCAAAACCCAACAAACAUAUCAUCAAAAAUAAUUAUACUGAAAGGCAAGCCAAGUGGAAAAAACGAUUGUGUGUUAUCACCUUGGACAGAUUACGGACCCUGUAUAUCGAAACGUGAAUGCGGAGCGGGCAAAAAGAUCAAAACGCGAAAAAUAAAAGUUUACCCUCGCAACGGUGGAAAAGAAUGCCCGAAAAAACUGGCGAGAACUAGAAAAUGCUACGUAGCCUGCAACAACGUGAAAGAAAUCGCCCGCGAAACGCGCGACUGUCUUUUUUCUCAGUGGACCAAUUGGAGUCUAUGCAGCUCGAAUUGCGUGGACGAAGUUUCAUCAAGAAGGCGGUUCGUUUUGGCCCAAUCGAAAUCGGGCAAACCGUGCACUGAAACAGUUGAAAAAAGGCCUUGUCCAUGUGUUCAGAAG